CGCACACACACAAAACCUCACACUCGCAUCGAAAGCCACUCGGGAACACUUUUAGACACACUCAGGCGUGCGGUGGAUGUGUUGCCACAGUGCCGCGAAGAAGGGGUCCCCCUCGGAACGGCACUGAAGCAAAAGGACACAGUAGCAAUUGGCCGUGUAUGUAUGAGUGAGCUGAGCGCAUUUCCAGGAGUGGACGGCGCACUUUUUGCUCCCCGGGGGGGUUGGAGAAGGGAUUCACUCUGAAAUGAAGACUGCGGGUCAGAUGAGGCAAUUUACUUCUUGGAAUACUCGGACUAUUUGAUGCAGUGUGGGAAUCCUUCACUUUGUCCCUUUUGAAAACUUUUUUUGGUCACCAUGCCGACCGACGACUAUAGCUAUCUGCCGGAUGCGUUGCCACCUGUACCCGAAGUGCCGGACUCCGGCUCGGUCCUGAGCUCCGGUGACAUCCCCGCCCGUUGCCUACGCAACCCGGCCUUCCAUUACGCCUCCUUGCGCUAUUGCUCGGCCCACAGCAUGGACUCCUCUCCGGACAGCGCCGAAAGGCCCGUCAGCUACAGCUCCACCUCUUCCUCCGCUUCCUCCCGGGACAGUCACUGCUCACUGGGCAGCCGGUCCACGCUUGUGCACACCCCCCACUCUAACCCCGUGAACUCGGAGCAGGACUCCGGGGCGAUACGUUUGGAACUGGUACCCGCCCGGCAGCUGGGCCUCGGCGAGGAGGACCCCAGAGAUGACGGAGGGAUGGAAACAGGAAGGCAGGCGGGCCGGAAGGGCAUCGAACAGACACCGACAGAUCACUCGGAACCGGAGCUGGGUCUCGACGGGGGCAGACAGCGGGUGGGUCAGGUGCAAGGACCCAGGACGUAUGUAGACCGUGUGGUGCAGGAGAUACUGGACACCGAAAGAACCUACGUCCAAGACCUGAGAAGCAUUGUGGAAGACUACUUGGACAGUAUCAGCAGCCAGGCUCGGCUGGGUUUGAGCUCAGAGGAUAAAGGCUCUCUGUUUGGCAACAUCCGGGACAUCUACCACUUCAACAGAGAUUUGCUUCAUGAGCUGGAGAAGUGCAACGCGGACACCGUGGCCAUUGCUGAAUGCUUCGUAUCGAAGAGUGAAGAAUUCCACAUAUACACCCAGUACUGCACCAAUUACCCAAGGUCGGUGGCUGUGCUCACCGAGUGCAUGAGGAACAAGGCGUUGGCCAAGUUUUUCCGCGAGCGCCAAGAAUCUCUGCGCCACUCCUUGCCUCUGGGCUCCUACCUGCUGAAGCCGGUGCAGAGGAUCCUCAAGUACCAUCUGCUGCUUCACGAGAUCGCCAACCAUAUGGAGAAGGACACAGAGACGUACGAGGUGGUUCAGGAAGCCAUCGACACCAUGCAGAGAGUGGCUUGGCACAUCAACGACAUGAAGCGGAAGCACGAACACGCCGUUAGGUUGCAGGAAAUCCAGAGCUUGCUGACCAACUGGAAAGGCCCCGAUCUGAUGGGCUACGGAGAGCUGGUCCUGGAAGGAACCUUUCGACUGCAGCGAGCCAAGAACGAGAGAACGCUCUUCCUGUUCGACAAGCUCCUGCUCAUCACGAAGAAACGGGAGGAGACGUUCACGUACAAGGCUCACAUCCUGUGCUGCAACCUCAUGCUGGUGGAAGUCAUCCCGAAAGAGCCGCUGAGUUUCAGUGUGUUUCACUACAAGAAUCCCAAACUACAGCACACUGUCCAGGCCAAGUCCCAGCAAGAUAAGCGCAUGUGGAUCUUACACCUCAAGAGACUUAUACUUGAAAAUCACCCUGCCAAAAUCCCUGCCAAGGCGAAGCAAGCCAUCCUGGAGAUGGAUGCGAUGCAUCAUCCCGGAUUUCACUACAGUCCUGACAGUGACAAGAAGGAUUCCCCACAGACCAAAGAAGGCCCCACUCCUCGCAGGGGGCGCAGAAAAGAACCGCUCUCGAAAUUACUGAAGAACGCCAAGCAGAAUGCCGUCAACAGCGACGGAGAAAAGCGAACAAGUCUGGGCGCAAGCCUGCUCUCGCCCGUGUCCCAGCUGGCUCUGGGCACGAUAGGCCGCAGCCGCAGUCUCAUCAACCAGUCACAGGAGUCGUUGGACCCCGCUGACCAUUACGACCACAGCGAUCGAGAGGAAGGGGAGGAGCCGCACCAACAAGACGCCGAUGACGAGGACGAGAGCGUCUCGGGUGGCGGAAAGAGGUUGCGAGUCCCGGGCAAAAGCAGCCGGAAGAGGCUGAACCCUCAAGCGUCGGUGGACAGCAUAGAGCAGUGGAAAACCUUCAACAUGAGCGCUUCAGAUCUUCAGAGAGCCAGAGAAUCCCUCGUGAGGGACGGAAGUCACCACCCGCCGCUCCGCAGGACCGCUCGCGUGACGGAAGAACCUCCGGAGUCCCCCGUGCCAUCCGUCGUCGUGACAGACAAUGAUCAUUCCGUUCGAAACAUCUGGGCAGACCACCGCGCUCGCAGGGCCAUGUUCCCCACCCGACAGAGAACCAUGCGCCCCGAUGACGACGACGACGACGACAUCUACCAGAUGUUCGUUCCCACCGAGACAAGUGGACCGGAACCGGAGUCUCCCUCCGAGCGAUCGGAGGUCCCGUCGUCUCCGAGGACGACCCGGCCUUGCAGCUGGCACGUGGAGCAGCCCCCUUCCGUCCAGGUUGAACCGCCAUCCGGCGGCGGCAGGGUUCUGCGAAGGGCGAGCAGCGUAGGCGAGAAUGCCACGGAGGCUCGCAAAAGUCCGGAUGAUGGCCAGGCGGGUGGCAACUUGGAAGUGAUUCAUACGGAGUCCUCCAGCAACGACAUAUCGGGAUCCUCAUCCGCUGAGCAGCUAACGAUGGAUGACAUCGAAAAUGUGUACGACAACAUCAGCUACGAAGACCUCAAGCGAAUGGGCCUGAUUAGAAGAGAUUCGGGUGAAUGCCAGGCACGGAAACAACCUUCUUCUGCCGCACAGGGUUCCCGGAUCCAAGCGGCUCGGGCGUUCAAUGUUCCAGAUGCUCUGAGCAUCUCGGAACCACUCAUCGAGUCCGACAGCCAUUCAAAGGAGCACGUUCAGUCCUUCACCCAGGAAGAAAGAUCGCCCGAGACUCCUGAGCUCAAGAUCGUCGAGGAGAACAUCUAUGACACCAUUUGUUUUCGGGAUCCUCCAUCGAUCAAUGCGCAGAGGAUCAAUGAGGUGAACGAAGCCGAUCCCCAGAGAGCCAUUCCAAUGGCGACAGAGCAAGGCCUAACUAGAAGCUCGUCAGAGUUUGUCUCACAGGAGAGUCUUCACUUGGGAGACGUCCCGCAUCCCGGCCCGUGUUCCUCGGAGGCGGAGUACUUGUCGUCAUCCGCUUCCUUGGCUUCUCUACAGUCCCCGAAAGGAGAUCACAUGUCGGGGCAUGCCGAUGAGCUCUGGAAUGACCUGGAGAACUACAUCAGGAACAAUGAGAAGAAAGCGGACCGGUUGCCCGCCGCCUUCCCCGUCGGCGCCGGCGAGUCAGCCGAGCCGCAAUCCUCAGCCCGAGGCAGUCGUGCAAAAAAGCUUCCCGCGUGCGGUCGUCCAACUAAGAGUGGCGCUGCGCAUCAAGCGAAACACCCUCCCGUGCGCCCGUCACAAUCCUUCAACAUCCCGGUCAUCCACCUCCCUGACCUUCAAAGCGAGCGACCCGCCGAAGGCGAAAAUCCAAUUCCCGUUCCCGCUUCGCAACCCUUCCCAGUCGUGCCGGAGCCCCAGCCAGGCACAGUAAAGAGCAUGCGCAACAGACUGGCCCGCCUCAGCAGCGGUAGCUUCCGGCUCGAGGACGACGACCUUGUGGAACUUCCUCCGAAAAUCCCUCUGCAGAGAGAGAAUGCCAUCAAGGAUAUCCAUAGUUUGUUCCCGGGGCAGCUCUCAGGUGGCUCGCUGGACUCGCCGCUGGCCUCUUCCUCGCUCCUGCUGGGCGAGUCGGUGGACUUUCCGCUGGAACUGAUGGACAAGACAAAGAGUCGUGUCUUUUUGAUGGCGCGGCAGUAUAGCCAGAAGAUCAAGAAAGCCAAUCAGCUGCUGCGCAUGAGGAGCAUGGACCCCGGGGACGCUUGUGGUCGAGCGAGAGCUGACAGAAGGCAGAAAGACCUGGCGGCCAUCCUUGAAGAAAAAAAGCAAGGGGGAGCCGCCAUUGGUGCAAGGAUAGCCGAGUAUUCCCAGCUUUACGACCAAGUCAUAUUCAAGGAUGCCUCCGCGCCGACACACUCCUGUCAUCCAGGUCUUCCGUCCUCUCCGUCCAUGCCCGAGACCUCCCUGGAGGAGGACUGGCUCCACUCCACCUACAGCAACGGCGAGCUCUCCAGCUACAUGACCUCCAGCGCCGACUUGCACACCACGCGAGCCUCUUCCACCCCCCAGCGCAGACUCGCGUCUUCCCGCUCCAUCCCGUCCCUCAAGACCACCCCGGCCUCGCCGAGCAGCCCGCCCUCGCAGAGAUGGAGCUCCUGCUUAUCGGCCCCGAGCGAAAAAGAAGAGCACGUCUACAGUACCAUCAAGAGACAUCCUUCCUUUAACGCACCGUCCUCCCCGUCUCGGAACUGUCAGUCGGUCGGCUCUCUGAAUAGCCGGCCGCCUGAGGAAGAUAACCAGUCGGGACUUCAAUGCAACGGAUCGACGGAACGCCUCGGCAGUCCCAGUUUGGGCCGUGCCGGUCGACAGAGUAGCCUCCCGGAAAGGUCUUCCCAAGGAGAGUCGGACCUCACCUUACACGACGGCCAACACGUGGUGGUCCUCAACCGAGCGUCGGCCUUGAGCAUCCUCGCCGCCACCCAGAACUACUUUGCCAACUUUAAGGACGACGGCGAUGACGACGACUACGUGGAGAUCCGCUCGGAGGACGAAGUGGAAUCGGAGCAGGGCGGGUCGGCGCCCGGCUGCACCUACCAAAACCGGGUUCUGGUCCAUUCGCGGAGUUUGCCCUGCACGCCCGUGCGCUCCGGCGACGCGCUGAGGCCUCUGGAACGCGAGCAUUCGGAGAAAUACCUCUGGAGUGAACCGCAGCAGAGCCAGCCCAACAUCGUCCAGUCUCUUGGGGAAAAGUUCCAGUGUCUGAGCUCCAGUAGCUUUGCCUGAGUCGACCUCACAACCAGAAGCUAAAUCUUACCAAACAUACUACAUACGAACAAACUACAAAUCAGAGAUCCUGCUACGACUACUACUUUACCGACAUUGAACCCCACGUACAAAAGGGAAUCGAGCACAAAGUUCUACAUAAGCCAAAACGGAUCUUUUCGAGCACCUAAGAUAUUUACUGUAAAUACCUCUCGUUUAUGUCACAGGCUUCAAAGUAAAAGACGAAGUUGUUCAUUGGGAAUGACGCCGCUUUGAAUCAUUCUUGCCUCAGCACUUCUCACGAAAUCAUCAAACUACAACGGGUGUUACCGGUGAUUAACAGUCGAAUCGCAUCGGUGGAUAAACCGGACAAGAUCUGAUGAUCUUUGGAGGAUCUUCUCCGGUGGACCUCUUUAUGCUCUUUUGUUUUCAUCUGCCUAGCCGUACACAAAAAAUUUUUUUUAAAAAAAAUAAAAUAACACUUGUGCCUGUCCGGCAUGAAACACGCUUCACAAAUUUUGCACGUUUUAAGAAUGGCUGUCAUCGGGCGAGAAUGUCACUUUGCACGUACACGAGCGAUAGCGGUCACGCAAAUAACGCAGGAUCACAUGUUGGCGACUUCACAUAGAAGACUGAAGCCUCUCUUCACUCACUUUGCCACCAGUUAUGCUUUCAAACAAGGAGACUUGAUGAUAUUUUGCAUUCUCAAUAAGAACUUAAGGAUUCAUAUUUAUUUUGAACAUGCGAGCAAAAGGCAAAAUGGAUGCGAUGUGUGCAUUGCAAUACGUGAAUUGUUUUGAUUUUUUUUUUUUUUUAAGCGACCAAUUAAGAAAUGAUCUUCUGGGACCAUCAUGGGUAGCAUUGAGAAUUAUGCUGAAGACCGAGUGAGUGUUUAACACCAACAUGCAUCACACUACUGAUUAUACGGCCACAGUUGAAGGGAGGUGUUGAUUAAAAGGUUUUUUUUCUUAGUAUCUUAAGGACAACAGCAACUUUUACGACAGAUACGCAUGUCAUCUUAUUUAUUCCAAAGCGUCCUUGUAAUAUUUUACGACAAUUCAUGCAAGGGCAGGUCCAUUACAGGUUGUAAAUGAAAGACUAAUGUUAUUUAUUGAACGACUAUUCAGAUGCUUGGAGGUUUUCAUUCGCAAAAUUCUAGACAUAUACUGUGAAUGGGGUUAUUUCUUUUAUUGUUUUUUUUUUUUUUUUUUUUUAAUUAUGCACUGCUUAAUGCAAGUUCUAAAUGUAAAGUUAGAAAGCACAACAUCACGCUCUACUGUUCAUUUCAGGACACAUGCAUCAAAAACAUGAGUUAGAAAUAUGAAGUAUGUUUGUUUUUGUUUGUUUGUCCCCUGCUUCACUAGUGGAGAUUCUCAAUCUUCAUUGCCUUUUUUAUUAUUAUUAUUAUUUUUUUUUUUGCACUUUGCUUCAAACGUCUACUUUGUAAACACUUUGUAAAGAUGUACAUUUUAGGAAAGUUAUUCUUGUAUGCCAAGUAUGCUUUACAGUGCUUUAAUGUUUAGGUCAAGUGUACUGUAUUUUUUUAACGGCCUAGUUGUCAUUGCCCAACCAAACAAUGUAUUGGAGGUAAUAAAUUUCAAUCUAAACUA